UUUCCCCAUUCCUUAAGUUCAGCGUCGAGGGUCUUAUCCUAUAAACUAGAAAGUACGCGUGCCGGUAGGGACGAAAUUGAAACAAAGUUCUGAGUAGCGAGUCUUAGAAACAAAAUUUUCUGUGGUGAAAAUUUGAGACGUCAAAUUUUGGUUCCUUACUUAGCAACGUUUCUUAAAUACACUUUAAGCAGGCUUAAUCGUCUGAAGUAGCGCUUAAAUAUCAUGGCCACAGAACCGCCAACCCGUGCCUCUAGCGGAGAGAAGAAAAGGGCCAUAAAAGUGAGGGGAUGAACUGUUUUAACUCAUGUAUUCAAAUUUCAAACCAAAAUUAACAAAACAAAUAUAAGUAGCCCUUAUGUGACGUGUCAAAGAGUGACUGCGCUUUACGUUGCUCAAGAUAUCGGACGACUUUAUGAACGCAGAAUAAUAAAGGCUAACAAAAUGCUUCAAGUAGUAGAAAAAAAACCGUAGUGAGGAGAUAAUUUCGCUUAGUAAAAUGAGAAAAUGUUUUGUUUUCCUUUUUCGUUAAUUAUCGUAAUUCCCCGAAUAAUAGCCGUCCCUCGAUUAAUCGCCUCCCUCGAAUAAUCGCCCUCUUAGAAUGAAAUAUUUUAAAUUAUCGCCACCCUCGAACAAUCCCCGUACCCUCUCUCCUUCCUUUAAAUUAUCCUCUCCCUGUAAAGUUGAAGUGGAGUCUGAUCCAGUAAAACUGAUCCCUGAUGAUUCAUGCUUUGUCGCUGAGGAUAUUGACAGAUUGAAAAUUAAUCGAGGAACCAAAUUUGAAACACUUGAAAAGCCCAUGCAUGUUCAGUUUAUUUGAUGCCAUCAUUUUUUGAUUAAUGGAUAAUAAAACACAAUAUAUUUAGGGCACAACUUCCAGUGAGCAUUGUUUGAAAUAAUACCCCCUCCUCGAAUAAUCGCCUUCGAUCCCCCAAAUAAUCGCCCCCUUUUUGGGCGAAAAAAUAAUAUUAAUCGCCCCGGCUAUUAUUUGAGGAAGUACGAUACAUCUCAUUGGUCGGGCCAGGGAAUAUUUAAACUGUUUUAGCGAAUAAAAAUUCAUGUUAGAAUGAAGCUGAUCACCAAUAAUUCACAAACUUGAACUGACGAGAACCUCAUUAUAUAUGCACAGAAAACAGAGAUCGGUUUAGUUAAGGUAUGAGCAACAAACUCUGACGACUGAAUGGAUAUUUUGAAGGUAACAACUUAUAUUAUUGUUGUUGGUAUGUGGAUUAUAUUGUUUACUUUACUUGCUAUGUUUCGUUUAACAGCCUUUGACUGAUGUGGGUUCUAUUUCCUUGAAAGCGGUUAUGCAUCCAAUUACCCAAAGGUAAAUAAGUUUAUUUAUUUUGAAGUGGAAACUUAUUUUAAUGAUCAUCAGAAACACUGCCAGUAUACAUUACAUAUUUUAAAAAAUGAUCACAACUGCCGAAAUCCGGUAAAUUCAUUAAACUUCGUCCUCAGAUUAGAUAUGAAUCGGGGAGAAUUCAUGGUGGCAAAAAUUGCGUCUUGAUUUUUUCACUUCUAAAGUCAACAGCGGGGACGUGUGGUUUGAACUGUAAUGGGUGAUAUGUGAUCAUUGAAAUGAAAACGCAACUGCAGCAGUUUUGCAUGAUCGAUGAUAAAAAUGAUUCCUUUGUAAAAUGAUUCAAUGUUCUAAAACAGUGGAAAAAUUCUCGUUAAGUGGCCACUAAAAUGACCGCUCUUACAUCAGUACCCUCGCGUGCAUGUUUUCAUUUGCUUUUUACAUUUUAUAACAUUAAAUUAGUACUUUAUCGUCAUCCUCUCUUGGCGCAGCUUUGCACAAAUUAAUGUUUCAAUCGGUAGGGUUGUAUAAUCGCGAAUUGUACGUUUUAGAGCCUCAGUUAUACCGGAAGGCAAUUUAAAACAAGUUUUUUGAAGCUCAAACCGGGGGAAAACAAGCCUGUAUUAAAAAACUGCCCCACACAAGUUAUUAAUAGGAACACUGAAAAAGGCAUUCGAAGCAAGGAGAAACGAUUUCGAUGCUGCAGACAUUUUGCGCGCAGCAAUCUGUGUUUCACUCAUGGUUUAACCGAAGAUUUACCACUUGGAGGCUAGCCUCGUAAAUGUGAUGUAUCGUUCACAAAUUAAGAGGUUUUUCAUUUGUCUUGGCCUUGAAAACACGAGAAAGACCAAAGGACGUGACGCUGUAAAAGAGAAUCUGUGAUCGUUUUCAUAAAUAUUGUCUAUUUUUGAUAGCAAUAUUAUAUUGGGAAAUUUAUACAGUAACAGGGAGCUGAUAAGCGACCUGCACGGUCAAACGCUCAAAAAAAUAUCGAUAACAGUUCUUGGCUUUUUUUGUGAAUCUAAUCACUUCAACUUGAAAUUUACCUAUUCGAUUUUGUGAGAUUUUCUUCAAGAUUUUUGUUUAAGCUGAGACAAGCAAGACCCGCUCAAGACGAAAUCGCCUAAAGUUAGAUUUUGGAACUGAUACGUGAGUGUACAAAGACUACAUUCCACCAGGGAGAGACCUGUCUUGGUGUGUUAACACUAUAACUAAUAAGGCUGGCAAGUUUUACGAUAGUCAUACUGCAGGAGGCAGUUCAAAACAGAUUUUUAGUUUCAACCCUAAGACAACAAAUCUCUGAUAUUAAACAGCUUUGCAACGAGUUUAUAGGGAACGAAAACCGCUUUAUGCCACUGCGGAAAACGAUUUCGAUGCUGUACUCAGUGCACUAAUCUGCUAUAAUUAACUACUAGAAGUUAAUCAAUCUCUUAUGUUUUAUUUAAAGAUUUACCAGUGGGUGGCUAAACUCGCAAGUACACAGCGCAAAUAUGUUACCCGUCUCCUCCUCUAAUUCGUUAAUAAAAAAUGCGUGGUUCUAUCAUUGUAAAAUUUGGAAAACGCGCUAUAAUAGUAGCAAAAUAAUGGGCGUUUCCAAAUAUUAACUAACUUGUACAUCAAGCGCAAAACAAGGUCUGUAUUGGAAUCAAGAGAAUGUUCUACUUUUAAUAGCAACUGUAUUAAAUAGGAGGUUACAAUCUGAUUUAUGAUUCAAUAUAUCGAUAUGUCUUGGAUUUGUUUUGUACAUUGUAACUCCGGUGACUUCAACUCGACUGUACCGAGAACAUUUGUGAGAAGACGACCCAAUAAUCAGAAACUAAACAAUGAAAGUUAAAUUAUUUUUCUGAUAUGUAUAGCAAUUUACAUGAUUGAACGUUUAUUUCUCAUACACAGCUUCUUACCAUGUUUUUCCAGCAUUUCGCUAUCACUCGAGACUGAUAACUCAAGCACUCAGAAUUACUUGAAGGUUAAACGAUUAAAACUGUAAGUACACAGCGAAUUCACUUGUACGUUCAUUGCGUUAGACAAUAGUUUUGUGCUGUUAGACAGAUAUCAACAGAUUUGUCUCAGAAUUACGAAAAACUCAUUUCGUUCACAUGGUAUCUGGCACACGUUUUGACCAUAAUUGUGAAACUCAAAGUUCAGAGAAGGAACCACUAAAACGAAGUCGAUCUCCGUUACAUGAUCAGAACUGACAGAAACCAUAUAAGAAAUACAUUCCAUGGGGAAGAUUUUGAAAAACUUGUAAAAUAAUAAAAUAGCUCAUAAUAAAUAAUCUCAGAUAUUAUUACUAUUAUCAUAAUUUCAAUGACAUAUAAAAUCUCAGCUUAGUUGGGUCUAGUUGAUGCUCUUCGUGAAAUUGCAAACCUUUCUUUUCAGUUAAAAAAGGCAGUGAUCAAAUUGAGUCAGGUGCAAAAGCACGGCAAAAAUAUAAGACGCCAUAUCAUCCCGCGACGAAUUACUGACUAAUCACUUGGCAAACAAGUCACUCUGCUCCUUGGAGUACACGUAGGAUGUUCUCUUAACUUGUUAUUUCGAGAACUACAUCAUUUUUGCACAAAGCAGUUGUCAACAAAAUGUCCUCAGAAUUAGGGAUUUUAAGGUAAAAACAAUUUAGGUUUGAAUAUUUCUACUUAAUUUAAUGACUUCUUUACAAGCUUCAUUAUUUUAUCUCAUAGUUCCUUUUCUUCGUCUCUGCUUUCCUGGACACAGAAAACGCGGGUACUUGAAAUAGGAAUUAUCCUAAAGAUUAGCAGUCUCUUAUUUAAUGUUGAGCACCACGACCUUCUCAAUUAAACUGGGGAACAAAGUUUAGUGAAGAGUUUGCAAAUUAAUGAGCAUAAUCAGUUGCGAAAACUUUGUUUUCCUAAAAAGAAGUAAAUAAUCUUUCUAACACUACAAGUCUGAUUGGGAAUUUAGUGCCUCCUUUUAAAAUUCAGUUUCAAGUGAGCGAUUGAGUUAUUCUCGAAUUUAUGAUCGCCAUUUUCCUUCAAGAACAGAUGAAAAAUUGGAAUCUGAGUGCCUUAAUUGAAAGAGAAAGGAAUAAAAUACAGCAGGCGAACUACAAAUCUUAAAACUGGUUACGAAUGUUAUUUUCUGGAUCGUCUGUUAAUACCCAUUAAAGAUUCGCCGGGGUCUUCUUGGUUCUUCUUAGCUAUUUUGUUGCUUAAGAACUGUAAAAGGUGUUGACUUACACUGCAAUUUUUUCUGUAAUUUCAGUCCCAUCGGUAUACGUCGGUUUCAUGGAACAAAAAAUUAAUUGAUAAUCAAAGUUCAAAGUAUGCUAUACAGGACACACAAUUUUCACUGUAGAUACAUAGAAAAAUUAAGAACGUAAGAGUAACAAAGGCUAUGAAUUAAAGGAGGUGUAGUUCAUAUUUCAUGUUGUGUGUUUGUGUGCGGUGUCGAAAGUAGUAACGCUUCUAGUCAGUGAACACCGCCAUGUUCAAGUAAAUGCAGGCAAAAUCAGCGAUAAAAUCAAGUAAAUCGGCUGCAGUAAAAUCAAGCUUGAUUGAUCAAGAGGUGAUAUUUCCAUUCUUUCUUAAAACUUACCAUAGGGGACACAUUUGAGUUCAAGGGGCACCGGCAGUUUCCCAAAUCUUCGGAACAAGAAAAUUUAAGGGAAGUUCAACUUCCCUAAAUUAGUGAUUACACGCGAUCUAAUAAAUUUAGUUUCCACGCAAAUUUUGUGUCAUUAUUGUGUAUAUUAGAUACUGGAGUCAGGACACCAAGGAAGACAUGCAUCUGGAUGUUAUCGCUUUCAUUCUCAAUCUUAUGUGUUAGGCAGCAUGCGCAUAUUCGAAAUUUAUUUAUUUUAUUGUCUAAUUCAAUCAGGACCGGCACUAAUUACUUAGCAUGUGCAAAGAGGAUGCAUGGCUAUGUACUAAGAUGUCUAGUACUGCCGGCACAGCCUCAGGCAAUGAUUUCAUAACUUAACUAUACGAACAUAUCAAACUGCUCAAUUAUAUUUGUUUCAGCAUUAACAUCCAAGUAGAAGAGAACAACAAAAAGCAUAUCGCUAGGUAGUUGUCAAAAAUGACCAGUGAUGAAACAUCUGUUUCUGAACAGAAUNGGCACUAAUUACUUAGCAUGUGCAAAGAGGAUGCAUGGCUAUGUACUAAGAUGUCUAGUACUGCCGGCACAGCCUCAGGCAAUGAUUUCAUAACUUAACUAUACGAACAUAUCAAACUGCUCAAUUAUAUUUGUUUCAGCAUUAACAUCCAAGUAGAAGAGAACAACAAAAAGCAUAUCGCUAGGUAGUUGUCAAAAAUGACCAGUGAUGAAACAUCUGUUUCUGAACAGAAUUGGCCAAAUACCUUAUUUUUGGAGAGAAGUUUUUUAUAUGGUAUUUAGUUUCCCCCUAUUGCUUUCCUUUACCAAUUGUACUUAUAUAUAAAUAUAUAUAUAUAUAUUUUUUGUUGUGCAUUGGUAUGAAGUAUCAUUAAACUAUAAACCUAAAACCUACCUUUCAAAUUUCGCAUAACGUUAAACAUGCAUAGGCUGUUAGAGUCAAUAUUGAAAUUUUCUGGCCCAAUAAGAUUUUUGGAUUUUUUCGUGUUCUAUACGUCACGGACCCCUUCAACUUGUCCUAUCUUGUAACUUAUGGAAAGUAAGCUAAAGUAAACACAAUAAAUGAACUCCUUUUAAUUGGUCAGUUAAGAACGGAUUAAACCAAUGAGAAAUCUCGCCUGAAACUUGUCUAAGACACGUUUUUUUGUUAUGUUAACUAGGUUAGAAGAGGACUUAAAAGUUUCUGGUUUGCCAAGGAUUUGUCAUUCCUCAUCAGGUGACUAGCUACAGUCUCACACCUACAAAACCAGGUUGGUAUCUACUAGUGUGUUAUCAUAGCAAAGUAGUCACCGGCUCAUUUUUAAUUUCUACUUAUACUGUCCAUCUCUGGGAGUUCUUACACUUUCAACUCUCUUUAACUUCCUCUUCUUUAACCUCUCUUUAACUGGAAGAGUUAUUUUUUAACCCUAUAUCUUAUCCUAAAUGCGUACUAAAAAUUCGUUUAUUUUAGAGUCUCUACACUCAAUAUAUCAAUUUUUUGUACUCGAUUUGGUGAAAAGGGAAUAGUCUUUUUUUUAACGUGGUAUAACGUGGUAUAGUUCAUGAGGUAGGCUUGAUAAAGUUAGUGAGUUGAGUGCUGGUGAUGGGAUGAGCUUUGAGUCUGUUCAUGUUUUCGCAGAGUUUACAAUCAUGAUAUCCUGUGCGAAGAUACCGCUAGCUAAUACGUUAGGGCUACUGCUGUUACUGCUGAUUACUUUGUGUUCAGCAAAGGACAACAACAGCAGCAAACCACCUGAUAAGGUGAGUUUGUUUAAUAGAAGAUCGAGUAAUCGGAAAAUUCUUUAAUGUUAUUUGCUGUAUGAUAAUUAAAAAGUGAUACCACUGAACAGGCUCUUCAGGUAAAAAGAUCAAAGGAAAUGUCUGACUCAAAGAUUGUAAAGAUGUUUCUUUAAAAUGCCACUGUUUGCAAUUUUGUCAACUCAAACAUUGGGAAUUGUUUUUUUAGAAUCUUAAACGAUAUUUAAAGCAAAACAAAUUUGGUCUACAGGACAAUAAUGCUUGUUUCCAUUUAAUAUUCUCUUAGAUUACACGUCAACAGACAUCAUCUUAUGGUUCCUGUGGUCAUGGUGGGUGUUUCUGUGCAGCAGGAAUUCCAGGCAUCCCAGGAAGCCCGGGACCCGCGGGACCAGCAGGUGUUGCGGGAUCUCCCGGUAAUCAUGGACCUGAAGGACCCAUGGGCCCACGAGGAAAGAGAGGUGAUGAAGGAACCCGUGGAAGACAGGGACCUCCAGGCCCCAGCGGUACCACAGGUCCGCCUGGUCCACCUGGCGCAAAGGGACCUCAGGGACCCUCAGGUUCAGCUGGUUCCCCUGGAAACAAGGGUGAUACAGGUGCUCGUGGAAGUCAAGGUUCCCCAGGUCCCAAGGGUGCUACAGGAUCGUUUGGUCGUAAUUGGAAACAAUGCGUUUUUAAGAAUCUGGACGAAAGCAAGGACUCGGGAUUGAUAAAGGUAAAGACUCACUUUACAGUUAAAGACAAUUGUGAGGUUAGCCUAAAGUAAAUAAGAGAUUAACUAACUUCAGAUUUGAAAAUUCGAGUUAUGUCAACUUUAUCACGAAGAAUGAUUUUUAUUAACUACAACAGGCCUGGAACUAACCCAUGGCUGCCUUCAAAUAAUAUCUCUUUAUUCAUUAGUUAACAUUAAUUUUUUUAAGUCCGAUUGUUUCAAUUUUGUUUGCUAAAGUUGCUGAUCUUCAAAUGAUCUUUGAUGUUCCUAUUUAUAUUUUCACAGGAAUGUAUUUUCAAGAAGCUGUCAGACAACACAGCGCUGCGUGUCUUCUGGACUGGCGCUCUUCGCACCUUUAACUGUGACAACUGCUGCAGUCGAUGGUAUUUCACCUUUAACGGUGCAGAGUGUUCAUCUCCAGCAGCCAUAGAUGGUGGAGUCUUUAUGAGGUUUGGAAGUGGCAGCAGACUAAAGAAUUUGCACCGCGUUCGUCAUAUUGAAGGAGUUUGUGAAAAAAUCCACAAAGGCACAGUGCGUGUGGGAUUCUGGGUCGGCAAAUGUAGCAGUUACAAAUCUGCUGAUGCUCAUACAGGCUGGCCCGGAGUGUCCCGUAUGUACGUGGAGGAAAUACCUCCCCCACAGGCUUAA